GCUGUUUGUAAGUUAUCAAGCUAGGAUUUGAUCCCAGGUCUGCCUGAUUCCAAAUCCUGGACUCUUAACCAUGACAUAGGAGUGCCCUCUUGACUCCUAUGAUGGCAUAAAGAAUUGUAUCAGAACAGGUAAUCUGGCAUUAAAACCCCUGUGCCACAACCGUUAGUCUAAUUUUUCUCUAUAGCACCAUCUGAAGAUGCAACAAGGAUAGGAACCACUGAUAAGGCAGAACCUUUUAUUUAUUGUCUGGCAGAGCAGAAGAUGGAAGUUCCUCCCCACUAGCCUUUCCACCUUGUAAUGGAUUUGAACCCUUGAAGCUUAGUGGGCAGUUUUGAGAAUUACAUGGGCUACAGGUGAAAACUUACACAUUAUAACCUUAAUUUAACAGCCAGUUAAGACUUGAGUGUGGUAAAAGAUUCAUUUAUUUAUUCAAUCAACAAACAAUGUGGCACUACAUACUAUAUUAAAAUAAAAACAUACAAAUAAAAUAUAGGUACAAAAAAUAGAGGACAUUGUGACUAUCCUUAAAGAUACACAUUUUAGGAAGAACGAUGAGACUUUUGGGCAUGCUUUCAAGCUAAAGGGCUAUCAUAAAUGAAAAGGAAGAUUGUUUGGGUCCCUGUCUGGCAUCUUAAGUAGUUGUGUGAUCUCGGAAGUCUCGGGCUUUAGCUUCCUCACCCACAAUGAAAAUUAAAAAGAAAAAUUGGGCCGGGCGCAGUGGCUCACGCCUGUAAUUCCAGCACUUUGGGAGGCCCAGGCGGGCGGAUCACGAGGUCAGGAGAUCAAGACCAUCCUGGCUAACACGGUGAAACCCCUUCUCUACUAAAAAUACAAAAAAAAAUUAGCCAGGCCUGGUGGCGGGCGCCUGUAAUCCCAGCUACUCGGGAGGCUGAGGCAGGAGAAUGGCGUGAAGCCGGGAGGCGGAGCUUGCAGUAAGCCAAGAUCGCGCCACUAUACUCCAGCCUGGGCGACAAAGCGAGACUCCAUCUCAAAAAAAAAAAAAAAAAAAAAGUAAAGAAAAAUGGAAAAAAGAAGCAAAACCGAAAUCUUGAUUUUUUUGAAGUAGAAAGCAAAACAAAUUUCGGAGGGCCAAAUUUCUGUGAAAUAUUUUUGUCUUUAGCGGUCGUUUGUUUCAGUUAUAACGAUUAUAAAUGGCACUUCAUUUGAUUUCUUUAAACGUUUUACUUGGCCUGCUGUUUAAUCAGACACGGAAGCCAGGUAUGUAGAACUGUGGUAACUCACGGUGCUGUAACUUCCUAGAUGAAAGGGCCGUGGCAGUUAAAACGAAACAAAACAAAAAAACAUUUCUUGAAUUCUGCACUGUCAGUAUUCAAACUAGUUUCAGAAUCUAAUGGACACACUCUGCCAAACCACCGAUUAGCCAUUUGAGGAGAGAUGAAAGAUGCCUAUUUUUGGAAUGAAUUCUCAUAGGCUUAUUUUUGUCUUAUGAAAUGGUGUAGUGGACUGCCCUUUUUCUCCUUUACUAAGUCACACUCAGCCAAAGCGGAAAACAAAAGAAAAAAACCAAACCAAACCAAAAAAACGACAAAAUAGACCGUACGCAAAUAGAAAAAAAAAAAACCCAAAACACCUUCUAAAGCGUCGGUCAGGCUCUAGGUUAGCUUUGAGUCCCUGUGCUCCCUGCUUUGCUGGGAACACGGAGAUCCAUCGCUCCCUUAGGCUCUCCCUUUAGUUUUCUAAGUGUCGGAGCCUGGGGCGACGUCCACCACGGAAGAUCUCUCCCGGAAACGGUUUUCCGUCCCUCCACGCCGCCCGCCUACGUCGACCACUGCCCCGCUGCUGGUCGGAAGGCGACGCGCCGUCCAUCCCCCGCCGGGCAACGCCCGUCGCUGUGGCGUCACUGGGAGUUGUAGUUUCACUGGGCUCAGCGGCGCCUGCGCUUUAGCGAAGAGGCGCGGGUGAGAUCCUCACUUCCCACAGGCCCUCGGGACGGGGGCGGGGCUCCGACGGAGGCGGUGAUUGUGGCGGCUCAUUUGUAAAUGCUGCGGAGAUUCCGGCGUCGUUUCCUGCUGCUGAGCGGCCCGGGCUUCACGGAGUGUUUAUUGCAAAUGUGAGUUUAUGCCAGUAUAACUGUGGGACAAAAUGCCUAGAUGUGAAAUUGCUGAGUCAAAGUUCCUCUGCAUUUACAGUUGGCUGGAUGUUGUCAUAUUGUCCUUCAAAAUGUUGUACCAGUUUAUUUGCUCAGUGUUGGAAAUCAAUAGCUCUUCUAGCCUUUGCAUUGUUUAAAUAUAAUAGUGUCAUUGGACUAAGAUGUUCCUGAUGUCAACCUCUUCAGAGUUAAACAGUGGGCAGAACUUCCUAACCCAGUGGAUGACCAAUCCUUCUCGGGCUGGGGUCAUAUUAAAUCGUGGAUUUCCUAUUUUGGAAGCAGACAAAGAGAAGCGAGCAGCUGUAGACAUUUCUACCGGCUUUCCUAUUAAAGGCACACAUUUUUCUGAUAGCUUCAGCUUUAUAAAUGAAGAAGAUUCACUUCUUGAAGAACAGAAGUUGGAGUCAAACAGCCCUUACAAACCACAGUCAGAUAAAUCUGAAACCCAUACAGGCUUUCCUUGCAUUAAAAAGGGACCACAGGUAGCGGCAUGUCACAAUGCUCCUGGACACCAAGAAGAAAACAAAAAUGACUUCAUCCCAGAUCUUGCGAGUGAAUUCAAAGAAGGGGCUUAUAAAGACCCACUUUUUAAAAAACUUGAACAGCUGAAAGAAGUACAACAGAAGAAGCAGGAACAAUUGAAGAGGCAACAGUUGGAGCAACUACAGAGACUCAUGGAAGAACAAGAGAAGCUGCUCACCAUGGUGUCUGGGCAGUGCACACUUCCAGGUUUGAGUUUACUGCCUGAUGAUCAGAGCCAGAAGCACAGAUCUCCAGGAAAUACCACCACUGGAGAGAGAGCCACACGCUGCUUCCCAUCAUAUGUCUACCCGGACCCAACUCAGGAAGAAACAUACGCGUCCAACAUUUUAUCCCAUGAGCAAAGCAACUUCUGUAGAACUGCUCAUGGAGAUUUUGUCUUAACUUCAAAACGUGCGUCUCCUAAUUUAUUUUCUGAGGCACAGUAUCAAGAAGCACCUGUGGAAAAAAAAAAUUUAAAAGAAGAAAACCGUAACCAUCCUACAGGAGAAAGUAUUUUAUCAUGUUGGGAGAAAAUGACAGAACAGAUUCAGGAAGCAAAUGUUAAGAACUUACAAAAACAUGAUGAUUCCUCAGAAGUGGCUAAUAUUGAAGAAAGGCCCAUUAAAGCUGCUAUUGGAGAAAGGAAACAGACCUUUGAAGACUACUUAGAAGAACAAAUUCGGUUGGAAGAGCAAGAACUGAAGCAAAAACAGCUGAAGGAAGCAGAAGGACCAUUGCCAAUCAAAGCAAAACCAAAACAACCAUUUUUAAAACGAGGAGAAGGUUUAGCUAGAUUUACUAAUGCUAAAUCUAAGUUUCAAAAAGGGAAAGAAAGUAAACUAGUGACUAACCAGAGCACUUCCGAGGACCAGCCGCUGUUUAAAAUGGAUAGACAGCAACUCCAGCGGAAAACCGCUCUUAUAAAUAAAGAGCCGUGUGCAGACAACCCUAUCCUUAAAAAGGACAGUAAAGCUAGAAGCAAGAGUGGUUCUGUCACCCUCAGUCAGAAGCCGAAAAUGCUGAAGUGUAGUAACAGGAAAAGUCUUUCUCCGUCAGGAUUGAAAAUACAGAUGGGGAAGAAAUGUGAUGGGCAGUUUAGAGACCAGAUCAAAUUUGAAAAAAAAGUCACAUCUAAUCAUAAAGAAAAUGUACCUGAGUGUCCAAAACCUUGCGAUACUGGCUGCACAGGGUGGAAUAAGACACAAGGUAAUGACAGACUUCCUCUUUCAACAGGGCCGGCCAGCCGCCUGGCUGCUAAGAGCCCCAUAAGGGAGACCAUGAAAGAGUCUGAAUCUUCUCUUGACGUUUCUCUUCAGAAAAAGUUAGAGACUUGGGAACGAGAAAAGGAAAAGGAAAAUUUGGAAUUAGAUGAAUUUUUGUUUUUGGAACAAGCUGCUGAUGAAAUAUCAUUUUCUAGUAAUUCCUCAUUUGUACUGAAAAUCUUAGAAAGGGAUCAACAGAUCUGCAAAGGUCACCGGAUGUCUUCCACCCCUGUCAAAGCUGUGCCACAGAAGACAAAUCCCGCAGAUCCCGUUAGUCAGUGUAACCGCAGUGAGGAUUUGGACCACACUGCACGUGAGAAGGAGAGUGAGUGUGAAGUCGCACCCAAACAACUUCAUUCAUUGUCCUCAGCUGAUGAAUUGAGGGAACAGCCUUGUAAAAUCAGGAAAGCCGUCCAAAAGAGCACUUCUGAAAAUCAAACUGAAUGGAAUGCACGUGACGAUGAAGGUGUUCCGAAUAUUGACAGUAGCACUGACUCUGAGGAACAGCUUGAUGUUACCAUAAAACCAUCGACUGAGGAUAGAGAAAGGGGCAUCAGCAGCAGAGAGGAUAGCCCACAAGUCUGUGAUGGUAAGGGGCCUUUUAAGGACACCAGGACCCAAGAAGAUAAAAGGAGAGAUGUUGAUCUGGAUUUGUCUGAUAAAGAUUACAGUAGCGAUGAGUCUAUCAUAGAAAGCAUAAAACAUAAAGUGUCUGAGCCCUCGAGAUCCUCAUCCCUAAGUAUGAGUAAAAUGGACUUUGAUGAUGAAAGAACUUGGACUGACCUUGAAGAGAAUUUAUGUAAUCAUGAUGUUGUUCUUGGGAAUGAAUCCACUUAUGGGAUGCCGCAGACAUGCUACCCUAAUAAUGAAAUAGGUAUCCUGGACAAAACAAUAAAAAGGAAGAUUGCACCAGUCAAGAGGGGAGAAGACUUGAGCAAGUUCAGGAGGAGCAGAAGUCCUCCUCCUACAUCGGAGCUGAUGAUGAAAUUCUUUCCUUCUUUGAAACCAAAACCAAAGUCAGAUUCACACUUGGGAAAUGAACCCAAGUUAAACAUAAGUCAAGACCAACCACCUGGUGACAAUGCUCGAUCCCAGGUUUUGAGAGAGAAAAUUAUUGAAUUGGAAACAGAAAUAGAAAAGUUCAAAGCUGAGAACGCAUCUUUAGCUAAACUUCGCAUUGAACGAGAAAGUGCCUUGGAAAAACUCAGGAAAGAAAUUGCAGACUUCGAACAACAGAAAGCAAAAGAAUUAGCUCGAAUAGAAGAGUUUAAAAAGGAGGAGAUGAGGAAGCUACAAAAGGAACGUAAAGUUUUUGAAAAGUAUACUACAGUUGCAAGAACUUUUCCAGAUAAAAAGGAACGUGAAGAAAUACAGACUUUAAAACAGCGAAUAGCAGAUUUACAGGAAGAUUUGAAAAGAAAGGAAACCAAAUGGUCAAGUACACACGGCCGUCUCAGAAGCCAGAUAGAAAUGUUAGUCAGGGAGAACACAGACCUCCGGGAAGAAAUAAAAGUGAUGGAAAGAUUCCGACUGGAUGCCUGGAAGAGAGCAGAAGCCAUAGAGAGCAGCCUCGAGGUGGAGAAGAAGGAGAAGCUCGCGAACACAUCUGUUCGAUUUCAAAACAGUCAGAUUUCUUCAGGAACCCAGGUAGAAAAAUACAAGAAAAAUUAUCUUCCAAUGCAAGGCAAUCCACCUCGAAGAUCCAAGUCUGCACCUCCUCGUGAUUUAGGCAAUUUGGAUAAGGGACAAGCUGCCUCUCCCAGGGAGCCACUUGAACCACUGAACUUCCCAGAUCCUGAAUAUAAAGAGGAGGAGGAGGAAGACCAAGACAUACAAGGAGAAAUCAGUCAUCCUGAUGGAAAGGUGGAAAAGGUUUAUAAGAAUGGGUGCCGUGUUAUACUGUUUCCCAAUGGAACUCGAAAGGAAGUGAGUGCAGAUGGGAAGACCAUCACCGUCACUUUCUUUAAUGGUGACGUGAAGCAGGUCAUGCCAGACCAAAGAGUGAUCUACUACUACGCAGUUGCCCAGACCACUCACACGACGUACCCGGAGGGACUGGAAGUCUUACAUUUCUCAAGUGGACAAAUAGAAAAACAUUACCCAGAUGGAAGAAAAGAAAUCACGUUUCCUGACCAGACUGUUAAAAACUUAUUUGCUGAUGGACAAGAAGAAAGCAUUUUCCCAGAUGGUACAAUUGUCAGAGUACAGCGUGAUGGCAACAAACUCAUAGAGUUUAAUAAUGGCCAAAGAGAACUACAUACUGCCCAGUUCAAGAGACGGGAAUACCCAGAUGGCACUGUUAAAACCGUAUAUGCAAACGGUCAUCAAGAAACGAAGUACAGAUCCGGUCGGAUAAGAGUUAAGGACAAGGAGGGUAAUGUGCUGAUGGACACGGAGCUGUGACGAUCCUUACGUGAUCAUGAAGUAACAGUAACUGAUUUUUCUUGUUAAAAAUGUACAUUUACUGUGGAUUCUGUUUAAUUUAUUGUGUUAUGUGUGGGGAAAAGAUUGGAUUCUAAAAAGUUUAUCCUGUGGCAUCUUCAUUUUUAUAUUCUUUGAAAUGCAAUGAUUGAUAGCUCUCAUUUAUAAUUCACUACCCUGUCUUUCAACAGACUAAGGAAAGCAUUUUUACUCUUUAGAAAUUGUGUAUAGGUUUUUACAGUAAGUAGGUGUGUUUAUUGGUUAGAAAUGGCUAUAAAAAAACCAAGAAGUACAGGAAGUACACCACCUAGAUGUCCCACAGACACAUCAGCCAUAGAGCAAUGGACUUGUACAGAAAGUGUACUCAAGGAGUAAACACGUGUCUCUGUAGCCAAAAUAUUACUAUGUUCAGUUAGUACCAAAAUUAGAGCAUUUGAUCUACUACAGAGAUUCAUUAAUUAUAACAGAAUGGGAAGUUACAACAGCGGAUGAAUAUAAAUAGGUCACACACAACAGGUAGUAAUCAUGGUGAGGAGAAAGCAGUUAUAACAAGGCUGACUUUGUAAUGUCUCAAAAUGGGACACUUGAGAGUGGAGGGGCAUGAACAAUGACUAGCCAGUUGUUAACCCAUGGACCACAGCUACGCUGUUCUCAAUCACAGUGAGAUUACUGUAGCCUCAUGGAAGCAGGAUGUCCCUGAAGGAUGAGCAAGUCACUUACUUGUAAAUUUCUAUAGUAAUUACAGAUUGGUCUAGAUAGACCUUACCUGUCACAUAUACUAUGAAUCAGGUUUUGUUAAUGAAAUCUAUCAAUUCCAGGUGACUUAACUGAAUAUGAAAAACUUUUCAAAGAAUAUAAGUACAUAUAUCUAUAUAGAUAUAUCUAUAGAUAUAUCCAGAUAUAUCUAUAUAGAUAUCUAGAUAUAGAUAUAUCUAUCCUUACCUCUCCUGAGGUAUCUAUAGAAUAUGUCUAUAUAGAUAUCUAUAGAAUAUAUCUUAUAUAUAGAUAUCUAUAGAUAUAUAGAUGAUAUAUUCUAUAGAUACCUCAGGAGAGGUAAGGAUUUUUAAAUGAGACAAAAAACACAAACCUUAAAGGAAAAGGUUGAUAGGCCGGGCAUGGUGGCUCACACCUGUAAUCCCAGCACUUUGAGAGGCCAAAGUUGGCAGAUCACUUGAGGUCAGGAGUUCGAGACCAGCCUGGUCAACAUGGUGAAACCCCGUCUCUACUAAAAAUACAAAAAUUAGCUGGGUGUGGUGGUGCAUGCCUGUAAUCCCAGUUACUUGGGAGGUAGGACAAUCACUUGAACCCAGGAGGCAGAGGUUGCAGUGAGCUGAGACCAUGCCACUGCACUCCAGCCUGAGUGACAGAGUGGGACUGUCUCACAGGAAAAAAAAAAUGUUGAUAAAUGAGUGAACAUUUCUGUCAAAUGAUGAUAUUACAAAACAGGGGAAAGGCAAGCCCCAAAUUAGAAGACAAACAACUGAUUAAGGAUGACUAGAAUACAUUGUUCCUACAAAUCAGUAAGAAAAUUGCAAAUAAUUCAAUAGAAAAAUGGACAAACGAUAUGAACAAGCAAUAAACAAGUGACAGAAUGGUCACUAGCUAAUAAACCAGUGAAUGCAUAUUCAAUGAGACAUGCACUGAUGAGAUACCUUUUCUUACUAAUAUCACAGUCUGGCAAAAGUCUGGUGACACCAAGUGCUGGCAAAGAACUCAGACAAUCGGUGGUGGGAUAAAUUGGUAGAAUUACUGUUUAGAAAGCAAAAAAGUAGUUGUGAAGUAAUUGUAAAAGUCAAAAAGUAACCCCAUGGCCCAGCAAAUUCCAUCACUAUGUAUAUGUACUAGAAAACCGCUCAUGUAUAGAAGGCCCCUAAAGAGGAACAUUUAUGAGAAAAAAACUGGUAAUGGAGUAUCAGGAUAAAUUAUGUACACGGAUAUAGCAGUAAAAGUGAAUAGAGUUAUACACACCAACAUCGAUUAAAGAGCAAAUAAAAUAGAAAAUAAAAAUUGUGUGACAGCAGAUACAUUAAAAAAUACCAUGUCAUUUAUGGAUGCAUUCAUAUGUAGUAAAACUAUAAAGAUGUUUAUAUGAAUGAUAAACACCAAAUCAUAACAACAGUAGUGUUUACCUCUUAAUAUGCUUUGGCUGUGUUCCCACCCAAAAUCUCAAAUUGCAAUCCCCAUGUGUUGGAGGAGGGACCUCGUGGGAGGUGAUCAGAUCACGGGGGUGGUUUCCCCAGGCUGUUCUCAUGAUUGAUAGUGAGUUCUCACAAGAUCUGAUGGUUUUAUAAGGGGCGUUCCCCCCCUUUGCAUUUCUCCCUCCUGCCACCUUGUGAAGAAGGUGACUUGCUUCCCCUUUGCCUUCUGCCAUGUUUGUAAGUUUCCUGAGGCCGCCCCAGCCAUGUGGAACUGUGAGUCAAUUAAACCUCUUUCCUUUCUAAA